CCAUCUGAGGGCCUUUUGUAAGCUGUAAGCCUGUAACCUCAUUUUCGCAAUGCGAAUAUCGCAGCUAUAAAUAGCAAUCAGUCUCCCAUUCUUGACAAUCCUCCGUUCCCUUCCCGCGUCAGUCACGCAUCGUCGAUUAGCGAAAAGAGGCUGCAGAAGCUGCGAGUCGCAGGGAAAUUAGGGUUUCAGCGAGCAAGAUGAUCUACGACGUCAACUCACCUCUCUUUCGUUCCUUCCUCAGCCAGAAGGGAGGCGCCUCCGACAAGAGGAAAAUGGAGGAGCAAAAGCCUAAAGAACAGAGACCAAAAGCAAAUGAAAACAAGCCUGUGAUGAAUGAUUGAUGUUGCAUUUAGAAUGGUAGAUAGAGAUGUUUUGAUACAUUUUUUGGUUUCUUGAUCAAAGUGGACUUGUUUUUAUUUUAGCUUUCAGUUUGUGAGGUUCUGUUUACUUGUGGAUGUUAAUUCUGAAUAUGUUAUGGAAUGCUAAAUUGUGGACUUCUAAUCUUCUAUCUCUGUUUAGUUGUGGAUGCUAUCUUGAGUACACUUGAAACACCCUGAAAUUGAGUACCUUAAUUGACUGCCA